CAGUAGAUUCAUCUUAACUGUUGUGGAGAGAGAAAGAGAUUUCAUUCUGAAGUGUUUUAAUCACGACAACAUGAAGAUCAUUCAGCUUCAACUCUAUGUAUUUAUCUGUUGUCAAGUUGCAGUUUCAGAUCUACUGACUGAUCUGGGAUCAAAUGUGAUCAUAAACUGUGAUCUUGAUGAAAAUGAGGUUUAUUGGAUUUUACUGAAAACAGCAGAUCCUCCGACAGUGAUUCUACUAUCAUUCCCAACCCCCAAACCACCUUUUUACCCUAAUAAAACAUUCAGAAACAAAUAUUCAGUGCAGUUUAAACAUCGUCUGGUUAUUGAUUAUGUGACUGCUGAUGAAUUAGGAGUUUAUUACUGUAUGAGCACAGAAACACCUCCAAAACUCAGCAACAGCACCAGAAUAUACUUCAAUGAAUCAGCUCAACUGACUGAGCGUCACAGUCAUACAGUGCUGGAGUUUACUGAUCAGGAUCAAACACAAUGGCAGAUUAUUAUCAUCAUCAUAUCUGGCCUGAUGAAUGGACUUCUGUUCAUUGCACUGAUCGUUUUUGCCACUGGAAAAACACAACGGCUGGAAAAACACUUUUAUAAUGCUGAUGUACAGUGGACACAAGUUGUAUAUAAAUUAUAAGACCCUAACCGAUUAGUAUCACAAUAAGGUAAAUGUAUGUGAAAUCACCAAAACCCAUGAGUUUUGUGAUUAUAUAACAUGCUCUUAAAUAUCAUGUGGUUUAUUGUGUGCUUAAUGUAACUUAAGUCAAGAAAUGUAUUGCAGGAGUAUAAUAGACUGAAGCUGUGUGUUACUCUUUAAGUAAAAAGCUUUCUUUUAAACUAAUUUAGAAAGUUGAUUUGUAUAGACCAGGAAAAAGAUACAGUUUAGCUGCUCUUAUGAUGAUUGUAUGAACAGACAUGUAUUAAACAUCAUCAUCACAUUCAUUGGUAAAUGGUCCUUCUGUUUUCAAGUCUGCUGUGAAGACCUGCUUCAUUUAAAAUGUGUUUCUAUCUAACAAUAAACUGACUUUCUGUCUUAAGUCUGCUGUUCUAUGGUGAAUGUUCAUUAUAAAUUAUUAUUGAUUUUUAUAUAUAUUCCAAAUAAAAUAUGUAGAUGUAUUUAGUAAUU